ACGCAGGUUCCACUGCAUCGGCCUCCCGGGUGGCGCAGUGGUCUAGGGCGCUAGCUGCACCACCAGAGUCUCUGGGUUCGCGCCCAGGCUGGGCUAGGAUCGUGCCCAGGCUCUGUCGCAGCCGGCCGCAACCGGGAGGUCCGUGGGGCGACGCACAAUUGGCAUAGCGUCGUCCGGGUUAGGGAGGGUUUGGCCGCAUAUGACUGCCCAGGAGGUGCGGCUGUGUGGCCUGCUGCUACAGGAGCACUUUGGAGAGGUGGUGGAGAGGAUAGGCACUCACCUGCUCAGAGGAGGGGCACAGAACCUCAGGACCAUCGCCAAUGAGACCAACACACCACUGGACCUGGUGAAGAAGUCUCUGUGUGUGUUGGUACAGCACGGUGCUUGUGAGUUCGGGUCGGGCCGGCGAGGCCCCGGGAGCCCAGUGGAGUACCGGGCCAGCUGUGAGCGGGUUCUAAGGGUUCUGCGGUACCCGCGGUACAUCUACACAGCUAAGACCCUGUAUGGAGACACAGGAGAACUCAUCGUGGAGGAGGUCCUACAACGAGGCCAUAUGACCAUGAGCAACACGGUCAAGACUGUAGCUGACCGACUCACUCAUAACAUGGAGGAGGGUCAUAGUAUGGAGUACAGUGAGGUGGUCUCAGCCUUCUCUAAGCUGGUAGAGACUCACUUCCUGCAGCGCUGUCCUCCGGUGGCCGAGAUUGGAACUGCAGCCACCUCCAUUACCCCGGCGACCCCCGGCACCCCUGCCGCCUCCGCCUCCACUGCCCCCCCAACAGCAGAGAGCAACCCUGACUGCUACAAGCUGCCCCAUGUUACACUCAUAGGUUGCGGGAAGCGCAGACGCUCCAGUGACGAUAGUGAGGAGCAGAGAGGAGGGAAGAAAGCCAAGAUGGACUCCGAGUCGUGUGGUGAUGAGGGGAUCUACUGGCAGGUGAACUUUGAGAGGUUCCAUCAGCACUUCAGAGACCAGGCCAUCAUUAGUGCUGUGGCCAGCAAACUGGACCAGACCAGUAGUGAGAUUGUGAGGACUAUGUUGAGGAUGAGUGAGGUCACCACCACACAGACCGCCACCUACACUCAGCCCCUCUCAGCCAAUGAGAUCUUCCGCUCCCUCCCGCCCAACUACAGCAUCAGCAGACCAAUCCUGGACCAGUACCUCUCCCUUCUGGUGGAUGACCCGAUGGAGUUUGUGGGGAAAUCAGGUGACAGUGGAGGAGGAAUGUACGUGGUCAAUCUCCAAAGAGCCCUGGCCAACCUGGCGAGAGCUACACUGGAGUCUGUGGUACAGGAGAGGUUUGGCUCGCGGUCGGCUAGGAUCUUCCGUCUGUUGCUAAGGAAACGUCACCUGGAGCAGAAGCAGGUGGAGGACUUUGCUAUGAUCCCUGCCAAGGAGGCCAAAGACAUGCUGUAUACACUGCUGUCAGAGAACCUGGUACAGCUACAGGAAAUCCCUAAGACUCCUGACCACGCCCCUUCACGUACCUUCUACCUGUACACUGUCAACCAGCUGCCUACUGCCCGCCUACUGCUACAACACUGCUACAAGACAGUGGCUAAUCUGAUUGAGAGGCGCCUCUUCGAGACCAAGGAGAACAAGCGUCUGCUGGAGAAGUCCCAGCGAAUCGAGGCGAUCCUGGCGUCGCUGCAGGCCAGCGGGGCGGAGCCUGAACAGCUGACAGAGGUGGAGGAGAUGAUCACUGCCCCCGAGAGACAGCAGCUAGAAGCCCUGCGACAUCACAUCAACAAGUACUGCAUUACCACUGCACCUUAAUUACCACUGCACCUUAAUUACCACUGCACCUUAAUUACCACUGCACCUUAAUUACCACUGCACCUUAAUUACCACUGCACCUUAAUUACCACUGCACCCAUUCUAUAGAUCUAUAGAGACAGCAGCUAGAAGCCCUGCGACAUCACAUCAACAAGUACUGCAUUACCACUGCACCUUAAUUACCACUGCACCUUAAUUACCACUGCACCUUAAUUACCACUGCACCUUAAUUACCACUGCACCUUAAUUACCACUGCACCUUAAUUACCACUGCAUCCAUACUAUAGAUCUAUAGAGACAGCAGCUAGAGGCCCUGCGACAUCACAUCAACAAAUACUGCAUUACUACUACUACUAAUACACACAUGCUAUAGAUCAGGGAUGGGCAACUUUGAUGGGGAUGGGGGCCACAAAAAAUAUGAAGAUCGCAGGUCUGCGCAACCACAUCCAUACCCACUCAUCAGAGCCGAACCUUUUAGGGGCCCUAAGCUAGGAGAGAAUGCAUUUACUUUUUAGAGUACAUUUCCUGCAAUUCUACACAUUUUGCCAUAAGGUGGAGAGAAAUGUUUUCCAUUUUUAAUAUGCUAUCUGAGUGAGAGUGAUUAAUUCGACCAUGUUUACUGCUAGUUUAGAUAAGACUAACAAUGUAGAAAAUGAUAGCUGACUUGGAUGAGUGACUGUCAGUGACUGACACAAGAGAAACUGCUGAUGCAAAACAAAUGUCAAAAUGACACCUUGUGUGUUCUACUAUUCUAACUCAACAGUAAGUUGAGACCUCCAACUAGAAGACCUACGACGUCACAUCAACAAGUACUACUACAAUACUACUACUAAAUCAAAUCAAAGUUUAUUUGUCACGUGCGCCGAAUACAACAGGUGUAGACCUUACAGUGAAAUGCUUACUUGCCAACGGUGCCAUUUUUAGGUAAACAAUAGAUAAGUAAAACAAUUAAAACAACAGUAAAAAGAGAGUGGAAAAACAGCAGUAGUGAGGCUACAUACAGACACUGGUUAGUCGGGCUAAUUGAGGUAGUAUGUACAUGUAGGUAUGGUUAAAGUGACUAUGCAUAUAUGAUGAACAGAGAGUAGCAGUAGCGUAAAAGAGGGGUUGGCGGGUGGCGGGACACAAUGCAGAUUGGCUACCCAGACUAUGUUCGGGGGCACCGGUUAGUCGGGCUAAUCGCCCUGCGGUUGGAGGCCGAGCAGUUGCCAUACCAGUCAGGAUGCUACUGCUACGACACCCAUACUAUAUACCUAUAGACAACAGCUAGAGGCCUACGACAUCACAUCAACAAGUACUACCACAUACCUGUUACUACUACACUGAUAUUACUAAUACUGCUACAUUACUGUAGCUUUAUUACCUCCUUUCUUUUCUCCCUGAAGGUUGGACUCUACAGAGAACCAGGUGGAUGAGACUGUCUUUCUACUGGAGUCCUACAUCUUCUCUACCAAGACCAAGUGAGAGGGAGGGAGGGAGGGGAGAAACACAAUGGACAUGAAGUUGCAUCAAUAAAAUAUAUUUGGGUUUUCAUA